UAAACUAGAAGCUCCAUUUCCUUUGUAAAUAAACUGGCAGUUGCCCACGGCGGAGCAACACUGAAGGCUGCUGAGUUCCUCUUCCCUAAGUCUUCACAUAUUUGCUUCCACAGUGGGACUGUGUAUUGUCAGCCAAGUGUCUUCUGAAGCCUGCCAUGGGAGCCGUGUUUGUUAUCAUACACAUACAUAGCUUAAUUACAUUACCCAUAACUCCUAUGGGAUACAGAAUGCAAAGAAAUGAAAACUCCAAGUUGAAUGCUCUAAAAAUACAGAAUGAGAAAAACUCGUUAAAACCUUGCUGUUGAUUUAAAUGUAAGUCAUAGUGAAAAUUGAUUAGGGUUUUGUAUUGUUUCAUAGGUGCAUGCAAGCACAUCACUUUAAGAAGACCAAACCAGGAAAUAGAUGAUAUAUUUAUGAAGAAAUUAGUGUAAACAAAAAUCAGUAGAAACAGAAAGGGCCUGGGCCCUUCGUCAGUAGGUUGAUGAAUGGUGGUUCAUCUCUGUGUUUUAGGUUCAAUUAAAAUAUUUGUUGUAGGAAUACUUCACUUUUAUGAUUUCCCACUAUAUGUCAUUGGCUUCUGUUAAUCAAUCAUCUUCAAAUCCUGAUUGUGUUGGUAAGAAACUGUUACCUGAUCUGUAUUCCAGAAUGUGGGUAUGCUUUCAUUUCAUCACUCUCAGCUAUAAUUAUUUAAGUUUUUCUUCCACAUGAUUCCUGGUACAUGAAAAUACUCCACAGAUUUCGCCUGAGCUUGCUGCCUGCUAGGAGAUGCCUGUGUUUGAUUACAGAUGUGCAUGUAAAUGUGGCCCUGUGUUUACAAGGAUGGCCCAGAGUGGUAAUUCAUUUGUCUUCCUCUGAAUGCACUUCAGGAAAGUGACUGCACAUGCAGUAUAGUUUAUUUAGAGGUGGGACAGUGUGAUGAUGGUUAGUUACUGUAUAUUAAAGCUAUAUACCUUGAGGUCAUUUGAAAAUGGAAUUCUCCCUUUCUCAGCUCGUGUUUACUUUCUGAUGUCUGUAAUCAUUUAGACAGUAUAAAUAGGGAGAUUAUGAGAUACCCAAAAGGCUUUUAAGAAAAUUAAUCACACAUUUCUCAUUUAACAAAACUGUAGGAAACUAGAGAUAGAAGGAUAACUUUUUACAAUGUUAAUUAAUAUCUAUGCCAAACUAAAAACAAACAUUAGUGGUGUAACCUAGAUAUUCCCAUUAAUAUCAAGGCCGGUUAAAAAAGCCUUAGGUGACGCUGCUCUGUAAGUCUUGCUAAUGUACUAAGACAUAAAACAGAAACAAGGAAAGAUUUAAUGGAUUGUACCAGAUAUAGUUAUUGUUUUUACAAGACUGUGUAUCUUAAAAGCCCUAGUAAAUAGACUAAAAUAGACUAAAAACUUUUUAGAAUUAGUGAAUAUACCGUUGGAAAAAAUGUAUUGGAAAAUCAGAAGCUGUAUGGGGGUAAAAUUCUACUGAGAAAAGCAAAACCAGAUAAACCAUAUUGGUUUACCAUCAUACCAUCAGAAAGUGUGUAGGUUCCACUGAAAUUAUCUAAAAACUUUACGAAAGGCUAUGAAAUCAUGUUAGAAUAGUGAAAUUUUAGAAAGGAUAAUAAUUUAUUCAUGCUUUAGAAGACUACAUUUUCAAAAGAUGUCAGUUCAUCUCAGAGUAGCAAACAUUUAAUCUCAGUCCACAUCCCAGUGGGACUUUGUUGGGGGAACACUGGACAAAAUGACCCCAGGGAUUAUCUGGGAGAAUAAAGAAAUGUUAAAUGGCCAAGAAAAUUUUGCAUAAAAAGUGAUAAAAAAAUCUUUAUUAUGUUUAAAAAUAUGUUGUAAAGCUGCAAAUACUAAAACAAUAUGGUGCUGCCCCCAAAUGAUAACUUCUAGUAGAAGGGGUGGGCAAAGGACACUUGUAAACUCACAAGAGAAAAAAUAACAAUGAAGAUACAGAAUUUCAACAUCUUCAGAAUCCUUCAAGAAUCCAGAAGUAGUUAAUAAGUUUAAUUAUGGACUACUACUUUUUGGCUAUCAAACUGCAAAAUGUCUUAGAACAUUAUAGUUUCAUGCACUACUGGUAACUAUGUAAAUUGGACCAGUCUUUGACCCAGUACUUUCAUUUCUAGGAAUCCUUCCUGAGAACAAGGGAAGAGAAAUAAAGAUUUACCGAUGCGGAUGUUUAGAAUAGCUUUGUUUGGUCCAGUUAACAAGGAGAAACAGUCUGAGCGUUUACUAGCUGGAGAAGAGUUACAUAAAGUUGGUGAGUUAUGUGGCAAAGUAUUUUGUAGAUUUUUUAAAAAAUCACAUUUCAAAGCAUAAGGAUAUAGCAAAAUCUUCAUGACACAGUGUUAUCUAUAAAGAUAUGGAAAAAAAUUUACAAUGGAAUAUUCAUGUAUUCAGCUGAGACAUAUCGAAUGUUUGAUAUUCACCAGGCGGUGCCAUAAACACCUAGAAUCUGUCUGAAUUAUGUAGAAGGAUCCCCUUCCUUAUAGGGUAUAGAGACCAAGGUGGAAUACAAUAAUAUACUGUUAAUGAUAUAAUAACAGAAAACUCAGUUUAGGAAUGAACUCUAACCUUGUAACAAAGUAUUUGUAUCAGUAUGUAGAGAACAUUUCUAGUUUGGGAAGCCGGAAAGAAAGGCGCCCAGAUUUUAGCACUGGGUCUGUCUGGGUCAAAGUAUCACAGAUGAUUUUUGUGUUCUUUUCUUAUGCUUUUUCAGUUUUUAAAGGUAAAAGCUGACUUAGAUUUUAGUAAUCAGAACAAAGUUAAAAAAAGAACCCCUGCCUCUGGACGCCCUUUCUCAAAGUGCUACACACACAGUAAUUUGCAGACACAGUAAUUGUUGCUUAUUUGUAUUUAUAAAAGAUCUUUCACUGAACCCAUGAACUGCCCAACAAGUACGGUUGCAAGGUUGUGGAAUUUAACCAUGAUAUAUUCUGGAGUUUUCUCUGGAUUGUUUGUUUAUUUGUUUAGGAGCACUUCGGUUAUAACACAAAGAUGUGGGUAUGUCAGGGUUAAAAAUAUCGUGAAAUUAGAAACGGGACCGGUAGAGUAUGGGGGACACAGAUUGGUAUAAAAACAAAACAUUAAAGUCAGUGUGGGAGGACUGCUUGCUGCCAUUCUGUGUUCUGUCCUCCUGCAUCUCGCCUUGGGAGGCGUCUUCCCCCUUUUGUGGUUGGCCUGAGGCCUGCAUGUUCCCUGGGAGCGUCUGUCGCCUAGCUCACACUGGCUAAUCAGGAAUUUGAACCCAGGGAGCAAAAUCGUAAGAAAAUCUACACCAGUAACAUCGGCAUUCCCUCCUGAAAAGCGGUUAUUUCCCAGCAGCUGGGGGCCAGAAUCUUCCCUGAUUUCCCACCCAGUUAGACUUUCAUAGACAGCCCAGGGAGAGACCCUGAGAGUCUCUGUCCCUCAUUCCUGUUGAUCACGGCUGGCUGAAUGAGCCAUAAUGCCUGUAAAACUGGUGUGUUUGCUAAAGGAGGGAUCUUCUCUUUCUUUUUUCUGCUAAAAAUCAGAGUGUUUGGCCAAGUCAGCAGUUUGUGGCCAUGGAGAAAAUCUGAGGAUUCUCUCUGUGGCUUUGCUAAAUUGAUGCUUCUCCUUUCACAGCCCAAACGUUCUGUAUAGAAAAACAUGCCAUGUGAUGGGUGGCCCCAUUUCUUGGGAGGUGGGUCCCAAAACAUGGGGGUUGGGCUGUUUCCUCAGAGCCCCCCUUCUCCCCUCCCAGGACUCUGGCCGGAUAUCCUUGUUGAAAUCUCUGUAAAUAAUCUGGGCCAUGGCAGCUCUCCAGGUCUUCUAAGGGAUGGUUUUUCGGAUACUUUGCUUUCCGUUUCACGUUUUCACCCCAGAGUCCUAAGAGGGCAAGCGGAAGUUCCUGACUCAAAUGAUCCUUUGGGACAACUGGAUGGACAUGACAGCCCCAUCCCAACUCUGAAAGGGUACUUUCUGAAUUUUCUGGAGCCAGUUAACAAUAUCACCAUCGUCCAAGGCCAGACAGCGAUUCUGCACUGCAAGGUGGCCGGAAACCCGCCACCCAGUGUGCGGUGGCUGAAGAACGACGCCCCAGUGGUGCAGGAGCCGCGGCGCGUCAUCAUCCGCAAGACGGAGUACGGUUCCCGGCUGCGGAUCCAGGACCUGGACACGACGGACACCGGCUACUACCAGUGCGUGGCCACCAACGGGGUGAAGACCAUCACUGCCACCGGCGUCCUGUUUGUGCGACUCGGUCCAACACACAGCCCAAAUCAUAACUUUCAAGACGACUACCAUGAGGAUGGAUUCUGCCAGCCUUACCGGGGAAUUGCCUGUGCGCGUUUCAUUGGGAACAGGACCAUUUACGUGGACUCUCUCCAGAUGCAGGGGGAGAUUGAAAACCGAAUCACAGCCGCCUUCACCAUGAUCGGCACCUCCACGCACCUAUCGGACCAGUGCUCUCAGUUUGCCAUCCCGUCCUUCUGCCACUUCGUGUUCCCGCUGUGCGACGCGCGCUCCCGGGCGCCCAAGCCGCGCGAACUGUGCCGGGACGAGUGCGAGGUGCUGGAGAGCGACCUGUGCCGCCAGGAGUACACGAUCGCGCGCUCCAACCCGCUCAUCCUCAUGCGGCUGCAGCUGCCCAAGUGCGAGGCGCUGCCCAUGCCCGAGAGCCCCGACGCCGCCAACUGCAUGCGCAUUGGCAUCCCAGCUGAGAGGCUGGGCCGCUACCAUCAGUGCUACAACGGCUCAGGCACGGAUUACAGAGGGACAGCGAGCACCACCAAGUCGGGGCACCAGUGCCAGCCUUGGGCCCUGCAGCACCCCCACAGCCACCACCUGACAAGCGCCGACUUCCCGGAGCUCGGAGGGGGGCACGCCUACUGCCGGAACCCUGGCGGGCAGAUGGAAGGCCCCUGGUGCUUCACGCAGAAUAAAAACGUACGCAUGGAACUGUGUGACGUACCCUCUUGUAGUCCCCAAGACAGCAGCAGGAUGGGAAUUCUGUACAUCUUGGUUCCAAGCAUCGCCAUUCCCCUUGUCAUCGCGUGCCUUUUCUUCUUGGUCUGCAUGUGCCGGAAUAAACAGAAGGCUUCUGCCUCUACACCACAGCGGCGGCAGCUGAUGGCCUCGCCCAGCCAGGAUGUGGAAAUGCCUCUUAUCAACCAGCACAAGCAGGCCAAACUCAAGGAGAUCAGCUUGUCCACCGUGAGGUUCAUGGAGGAGCUUGGGGAGGGCCGGUUCGGGAAGGUCUACAAAGGCCAUCUGUUUGGCCCGGCGCCGGGUGAGCAGACCCAGGCCGUGGCCAUCAAGACGCUGAAGGACAAAGCCGAGGGUCCGCUCCGGGAGGAGUUCCGGCACGAGGCCCUGCUGCGGGCGCGCCUGCAGCACCCCAACAUCGUCUGCCUGCUGGGCGUGGUGACCAAGGACCAACCCCUGAGCAUGAUCUUCAGCUACUGCCCGCACGGUGACCUGCACGAGUUCCUGGUCAUGCGCUCGCCGCAUUCGGACGUGGGCAGCACAGACGACGACCGCACGGUGAAGUCCGCCCUGGAGCCCCCAGACUUCGUGCAUGUGGUGGCGCAGAUCGCCGCGGGCAUGGAGUACCUGUCCGGCCACCACGUGGUGCACAAAGACCUGGCCACCCGCAACGUCCUGGUGUAUGACAAGCUGACCGUGAAGAUCUCGGACUUGGGGCUCUUCCGCGAAGUGUACUCGGCAGACUACUACAAGCUGACGGGCAGCGCGCUGCUGCCCAUCCGCUGGAUGUCCCCCGAGGCCAUCAUGUACGGCAAGUUUUCCGUGGACUCUGACAUCUGGUCCUACGGCGUGGUCCUGUGGGAGGUGUUCAGCUAUGGCCUGCAGCCCUAUUGCGGCCACUCCAACCAGGACGUGGUGGAGAUGGUCCGGAGCCGGCAGGUGCUGCCCUGCCCGGACGACUGCCCUGCCUGGGUGUACGCGCUGAUGAUCGAGUGCUGGCACGAGUUCCCCAGCCGCCGGCCCCGCUUCAAGGACAUCCACAGCCGGCUGCGCGCCUGGGGCAACCUGUCCACCUACAACAGUUCGGCCCAGACCUCGGGCGCCAGCAACGCCACGCAGACCAGCUCGCUGAGCACCAGCCCGGUCAGCAACGUCAGCAACGCCCGCUACGGGGGACCCAAGCAGAAGGCCCAGCCCUUCCCGCAGCCCCAGUUCAUCCCCAUGAAGGGCCAGAUCAGACCCAUGGUGCCCCCUCCCCAGCUCUACAUCCCGGUCAAUGGGUACCAGCCGGUGCCGGCCUAUGGGGCCUACCUGCCCAACUUUUACCCCGUCCAGAUCCCAAUGCAGAUGGCCCCGCAGCAGGUGCCCGCCCAGAUGGUCCCCAAGCCCGGCUCGCAUCACAGCGGCAGCGGCUCCACCAGCACGGGGUACGUCACCACCGCGCCUUCCAAUACGUCGGUGGCGGACAGGGCCGCCCUGCUCUCGGAGGGCACUGAGGAUGCGCAGAAUGUCCCGGAAGACGUGGCCCAGAGCCCCGUGCAGGAAGCGGAGGAGGAGGAGGACGGCUCGGUCCCCGAGACCGAGCUGCUGGGAGACAACGACACUCUGCAGAUGGGCGAGGCCGAGGUCCAGCUGGAAGCCUGAGGGCCAUGGGAUCGUCGGGCACCGAGUGGACGGACAGGAGCCUCGGGUGGAGGGCGCCCCGGGAGCCGCUGAGCUGGAGGCAGCCUCCCUGUGCCAAGUCCUCCUCUGCAGUCCUCUUGUGCCCAGAGCCGCGCUGUGCCCACCUGUUUGGCUGGAGGGUCUUUUGGCCAAUGGCUCCUGACCAGGCGAGGAUAGUAACCCAGCAGGACACAUAGUGACUCCCCAGUGCCACCUACAUUUCCCCGGAGGUCGACAUCAGUGAGCAGUGCUUGUGCUUUGAAGGAAAUUAGGUAACAUCUUCUCUUCAUAUUGCCUAUGGAUUGAGUAUGUCCAAACAUUGGGAAAAAGCGGCCUGCAACAAGUUGGGACCUUGGGAUUUGUGAUGCCCGGUGGCUGGGCUGCAGGCUGAGGAUGGAGGAGGCUGCUUUUCCCUCUGCUGCCCCUCACCUGCCAGUAACAGUCUCCCCUCACCCACCAAAGAUUAAUGGGAACAAGAAGUGGCCACCUGUCAGGGUUUGAUGAGGAAGGGGCUCCUGGAAUGGGAGUUUGUUAUGUGCCUUAAAAGAAACCCACAUGAUUUUGUAUUCUUGUGAAAUAAUUUUUUAAUUAUCCUGCAUGUGUAUUUUGCCCAAUUUUCUGGAAUUCAAGGGAAAGUGUUUUGGGGCCUUGGAAUGUUACAAAGGAGGCAACAUUGUACAGAGCACAUUAUUGUUAUUUUUUUUUUUUUAGAAUUCUGUACAGACCUUAAAUGUAAUUUAUAUGGUUUUUGUAUGCCGUUUUCAUUGAAGUAUUUUGAACUUAAAAUAAUGACUUCGUAAUUUAACUGUUUACGUUAUCCACGUUGGGAUACCACCUGAUUGUAUUCUGGUUUGCUUGUGUUUGUACCACAUGUAAGCGAGGUCCGUUCAUUUCAGAGCUCCUGUGACAGAAGGCCCACAAGUACAUUGCAUCUGACACACGGGAUAGAGUUCACUUGUAACUCCCACACCUGCUGUACCCAAUAAAGUGAAAGAGGAGGUUCAGUUGGCUCUGCAGGUCAUGAGGAUGUCAGGCAGUGGGGUUUGCUGGAUGAUGGAGACGCCGAAUGGUGAUGAUUUGGGCCAUGGUUGGGGCUUGUCCAGGAGCAGCAACUUCAUUUGAACGUGGAUACAUUAUACAUUGGCAGAUAAAUGAUGGGAACAGGUUACAUUGCUUUUCUUGGUAAAGUCUGUAGUGGGGAUUAACUGCAGAUGAGGUGAAGAUGGUUUUGGGUUUUAAACCUCUCUCCUCCUGAGGUCCCAAAGGCCCUGCCAUUUUUAGACCUGGAGUCUGGCGCUUCCCAAGGCCUGGAGCAGGGCUGGAGGGAGAGACAGCAAAGGAGACUAGGCUUCCUUCACCACUUGCCUGAAGCUGCCUGCAUUCCAUCGUUGGUCAGCAGCACAGCCAGCCGAAUUCUGGUAUACCUGGACCAGGGUACAUCUGUGGGGUCAGUGGCUCCAGGGCUUCCAGUUAGGGGAGGGGUUGGAUGAGGCCUGAAGAUGCUUCUGCUGGCCAGCUAAUGGCCCCUGCUGUCCCUCUCCCCUAGGUGGGUCCCUUUUACCCUGGCACGGCCUGGGUGGUUUUCCAUGUUUAAUGGAGUGGGUCCACAACCCUGGGUUAAGCAAGGCUCAGCUAGGAAUUCACUUCACAUCCAUAAGCAGUGGCCCUUUAUCAUACAUCAGAACAUCUGAUGGAGCUUGUUACAAAACAAGCACUGCCCUACUUGCUCCCAGGCAAGUCUGGGAGGGGCCAAGAAAGUGCAUUUCUAAUAAGGGCUCAAAGGGUCCUGAUGCUGAGAGCCCCUUACGUCCAGCACCCUGGGUCUCCCUGGCUGUCUAGCAUCUCAGGUCAUCGUGUACACCUCUUGCUCCUCUCUGUUAGCAUGAUGCUGCUGAGGGAUACAGCCAUGCACACAAGCAAAUAACAUGUCUGAGUGUACAUCCUGUGAAUGUCUAGGAGCCCCCUGGAGCCCCUCUCCCAGCCAGUGUGGUCUGGACUUCAUAUUAAAAGAACUCAGGGCUACAGGGGGCUACUUCUCAUUUCCACUGAUCUGAAAGAGGAACUUCAGUUUAUCUCUAAUUUGGUACACCUGAUGGUUUAACUGUUCCGUUGAGACCUAAGAGUGAAAAAUGGGAAAUAGCCCUUUGGCUGCCCUGUCCGCAGACCUAGCCAGGGAGGCAAGCGGCUGCUUCAGUUUCCCGUCACUCAGCACCCAGAGGUAAAGGCGGUGCUCGAGGCCAUGGCCGGGACCACAGAGCGAGCAGCCAAGAUUCUGCAGAAAGACACUUGGAGGGUUUUUUGACAGAGUGGGGGAGGUUUUGAUCUGGGGGAUUUUUUGGCUCGAAAUAAAAUUUGUUACUGCA